AUGGCGGCGCACUCUGGUGCAUGCCGUGUCAUUGUUUUUCCUACCCGUUUACCGGCUAGUCCCGCCUUCUACGGAAAGGUAAACGCCUGGAUGCUGUGGCGCAUCCAUUCCUGUGGAGUGCAGGAAGUGGGCGGAGUCUCGGUGACUUCACUAGAACUCUCAGGCAGUCCGAGCGCAGGAGGUGGGUUUAGUCGGAAUACGGGUGGGGGAAACAUUGCCGGUGUGUUAGCAGAUGAGAACAUGACAGACUCUGCGAACGGACCGGCACCAGAGCCGGUGGACGGAGUGAAGCGGCCUCAGUUCGGAACCCGCUUUCUCACAGACCCGCGGGAAGUGUUUCAGCACAACGCCUGGGAUAAUGUGCAGUGGUCCAAAGAGCAGGAAGAUGCAGCUCAGAGAAAAGUGCAGGAGAACAGCCAGCCUCUUCCAUCAGAGAAACAAGAGGAUUUUGAGAACAGAGCUAAUGAGUACUGGAACAACUUCUACGCCAUCCAUGAAAACCGCUUUUUUAAGGACCGCCACUGGCUCUUCACUGAGUUCCCCGAGCUCGGCCCUCAGCGUUCCCAGAGUUCAGGAGAGGGCAUGGCGUCAGAUGAGGACCUCGUCCAGAUUACAGCAAACCUGGAACUGAAGGGCGACGAGAAUCAUGCACCGGUCACAGAAGAAGCAGCAGCGUUUCCUGGAGCCUCAGCCACUUAUCGCAUUCUGGAGGUAGGCUGUGGAGUUGGCAAUACAGUGUUCCCAAUUCUCAAGACGAACAAUGAUCCAGGCCUUUUUGUGUACUGCUGCGAUUUCUCCAGCACAGCUAUUGACCUCGUCAGAUCUAAUCUGGAGUACAACCCAUCUCGAUGUCACGCCUUCGUCCACGACCUGAGCGACAUCACAGCUGCUUAUCCGAUGCCAGAGCAGAGUCUCGAUGUCAUUGUUCUCAUAUUCGUCCUCUCCGCUCUUCACCCUGAAAAAAUGCAAAGCUCUCUCAGUAAGCUGGCCAGUUUGCUGAAACCCGGAGGAGUUCUGUUACUGAGGGAUUAUGGACGCUACGACAUGGCCCAGCUUCGUUUUAAAAAGGGAAGGUGCUUAUCUGAAAAUUUCUAUGUCAGAGGAGACGGAACACGAGUCUAUUUUUUCACUCAAGAAGAGCUACAUGAUCUGUUCUGUGGUGCUGGUCUGGAAAAGGUGCAAAAUUUGGUGGACAGAAGGCUGCAGGUGAACAGAGGGAAACAACUGACCAUGUACAGAGUCUGGGUGCAGUGUAAAUACCGCAAAAACACAAAGCCUCUGCAACCUGCAGCUGAGACAAGAUAGCAAGGAAAUCCACAGGACUAGAGUUACACACUGAGCGGAGAACUGGACCUCUGACAAUUUGGUAAAACAACCAUAAAAACUAAAGACAAACUUUUGCGGUUUUAAGGCAACAAGAUCUGGUGGCGGCAGUAGAGGAAAGUGAAUGGGGAACAUUAAAUCCUAUAAAUCCCUACUGCCGUUAGGAUCAUGUUUGAUAUGCUUUUAAACACUUUUAAACAUUUAUAUGAUAUAAAUAAAAGAUGGUU